AUGAGAAAAGACGACUCUCACACACCCGCGACGGCAGAAGCACACUCUUCUGGGGUCACCGUUUCGGUGUCGUCACCGGCCCAUUCCGAUUCUGGAUGCUCCAGUCUCGUCGAUCCCAGCCCGGGAGUCGCCGAUCCAGUUGUGUCGCCGGCCGACCCCAGCCCGGGAGUCGCCGAUCCAGUGGUGUUACCGGCCGACCCCAGCUCGAGAGUCGCCAAUGCAGUGGCCAUCCCCAGCCCGGGAGUCGCCGGUCCAGUGGCCGACCCCAGCCCGGGAGUGGCCGACCCUAGCCCGGGAGUCGCCGAUCCAGUGGUGUUACCGGCCGACCCCAGCUCGAGAGUCACCAAUGUAGUGGCCAUCCUCAACCCGGGAGUCGCCGGUCCAGUGGCCGACCCCAGCCCGCUAGUCGAUGGUCCGGUGGCCGACCCCAGCCCGGGAGUCGCUGGUUCGGUGGCCGACCCCAACCCGGGAGUCGCCAAUCCAGUGGCCGACCCCAGCCCGGUAUUCGAUGGUCCGGUGGCCGACCCUAGCCCGGGAGUCGCAGGUUCAGUGGCCGACCCCAGGCCGGGAGUCGCCGGUUCAGUGUCCGACCCUAGCCCGGGAGUCGCCGGUUCAGUGGCCGACCCCAGGCCGGGAGUCGCCGUUCCGGUGGCCGACCCCAACCCGGAGGGCAGCGAGAGUGCCGAGAUCGGAGGCGGACCAUCCGCGGCACGUCCACCUGUGCUGCCCGGCCGCUGGAAGGGCGACGCCGACGCCUAG